AUGAUAUUCUUCUACCUAUUGCCUCUGUUUGCUGUUGCUCAAACCCCGCCUGAAUUCUCGCCUUCAUGCACCAAAUCACUCGAUGUCACCUAUCUAAGUGAUCAGCAUGUCCGUCCAGGUCAAAGUCUUCGUCAAAUAGAUGUCAUAAACCAGCCCGUCUUAAGACCCACACAUCUUCAACCAGAUUCCAACUAUAUCCUCUUCUUGAUUGACCCUGACGUCGUUCACGAUCACAAUGCCACAACCAUUCUCCAUUGGUACCAACCAAACUGUCACGUAUCUCAAUCUACUGGCGAUUUCGUGAUACCUACAUACGAAGGUGCCCAUUAUGUCGGUUCGCAACCUCCUCAGGGAGAAAAGCAUCGUUACAUAUUCUUGCUUUUCGAACAGCCUCCGAAAUACCUCUUUCCGGAAUGUUUCAGAUCUGUAUUUCCCAUUACCGUAGAUGCUAGAUCUGGGUUUGACAUCAAAUAUUUCAUGGAAAUUACUGGGCUCGGAAGCCCCGUUGCGGCAAAUUGGUUUUCUGUCGAGAGGGCUGGCGGGGCUAGCACGACCAGAAUCAUCACCACAACAAGCCUUAGUCGCGCCCCAUGCAAGGCCACACAAGAGGUUGGGCACUUAUGA